CGUGCGAACCAACCUCGGCGGUCCAGGAUCCGCGUGUUCCUUUUCACGUCCAGCAUUCCUAUAUUCAGUUUGUGUGUAUACCACGGAGUAUUCUACUCCGUGGUUUAUACCCACGGUCUUAUAUACAGGUCUGGAAACCUAUGCUGGAAACUCGUUCAAAAAAUGGUGGAGGUGUCCUCUUAUUGAAGCACCGGCCGUUUCGCCUAGUGACGACGAGUGUCGCUGCUAUCGAGGGAUUCAGGCUGUGUGAGAGAUACGGAAAAAGGUUUCAAAACCACGGACAGUCACCAAACUGUUUCCAUCUCUCUCGCACAGCCUCAAUCCCUCUAUCGCAGCGACAGUCGUGGUCACUAGGCGAAACGGCCGGUGCUUCAAUAAGAGGACAUACCCCCACCACCAGAGUUUCCAGACCCUGUAUGUAAGACCGUGUUUAUACCCGUCAACCGAAUAUCACUGGCCGUCGACCACCGUCGUCGUCGCCGUUAACUUUAGUUUUGGAUCUUGUUCGACUUUCGUCGAUCUGAUUUGUUGUUCCGAGUCGUUUCGGAGUUAGUUUUUUAGUGCAUCGUGCAUCGGUCCGAUCUGCAUUAAUGUUUCACACAACACGGAACGUAACAAAUACCCCACAAGAAACCUUAACCGGGCCUGUAGCGGGAUUCCGUAACUCUCUAGUGACGAUUAUCGCUAUCGUUAACGCCUCCUAUCGACAAUUGUCGCUAGUGGUGAUUCUGACCUAACCUGUCCAGCGAUCCACUAUCGCGUUGUUGAUAACGUCGCUUUGGCAAAUAUGCUACGUACGGAUCGCAUCGUGUUAUGAUAUGGGCCGAUGUGCUGAACGACGUCGAUUUCAUUGAAUAAGUAGAUCGUCUGAAUCCCUCCGCUUGCUCUCCAUCGAUAUGGCACGAAAUGCGGAGAAGGCUAUGACAACCCUCGCAAGAUGGCGAGCGGCUCAAAGUGGCGAAGGUAUCAGAAAAGAGCAAGAAAGAAGACCUUACCUCGCCUCGGAAUGUAGAGAUUUGCGCAAGGCUGAGAAAUGGCGGAUGCAAAUCAUUAGGGAGGUUGCUAAGAAAGUGGCUCAAAUUCAAAAUGCCGGCCUCGGUGAAUUUCGUAUAAGGGAUUUGAAUGAUGAGAUCAAUAAAUUGCUGCGAGAGAAGCGACACUGGGAGGCACAAAUUAAAGAACUCGGAGGUCCGGAUUAUUCGCGAGUUGGUCCGCGGAUGUUGGACCACGAAGGUCGGGAGGUGCCUGGCAAUCGCGGAUAUAAGUAUUUUGGCGCGGCUAAGGAACUCCCCGGGGUUCGCGAGUUAUUUGAACAGGAGCCACCACCCCCACCAAGGAAAACACGUGCCGAGCUGAUGAAGGACAUCGAUGCAGAUUAUUAUGGGUAUAGGGAUGACGAUGACGGUAUUCUGCUACCACUGGAACAACGAGCGGAGAAGGAAGCUAGGGAAAAGGUGCAAAAGGAAUGGCAGGAUGUUAAGAGCAACAACAAAUUAAAUGCCAAAGACGAUGAGGUGGAACCGACAUCUCAGAGGAAUAUACCAUCACAGGCGGACAUACAGGAAGCAUUGCUUGCGCGAAAAAAACAAGAACUAAUAGAAAAAUAUGCGGUUUGAUCAUUUCUUUUAUUACAAGCCUACGGAAAUAUUAACAAUUGCCAAUUUCCUUAUUCUCAUCGAUGUUGUGGCAUUGCCAUUUUCGAUGUAAUAAUCAAUCUGGAGUAAACUUUUAUAAAACGCGAUUUGAACAA